GUGAGAGAGAGAGAAAAGAUCAAUGGGACAAUGAAGGAAGAGGACAGACAUUGUUCAUCGUCCAAGUCGUCUUCUUCGUCUUCUCUUCCUGUGAGCUACGGAGUUGACUAUGAAAGAUACGACUUCUCUUCCUCUGUUUCUUCUCUGUCUCAACCCUUUUCUCCUGAAGCAAGCAACAAGAGUUUUGUUCUUGAAAACAAUCUUUCGUCUGUUCUCUCAUUGGACCAUAACAAUAGUAUUCUCACACUGUCCAGAGAUAGACCAUGUUCUUGUCUCCAUCAUGUCUUCGAGUGGAUUCUGCAGAGAUGUUGUGGCUGCCUCUCCUAGCCUUUUUGUUUUCUUCAUCUAUAAGUGUACCUUUGCCUUAAAGUUAUAUCGCCAUUGUAGGUUAAUCUAAGUUUUAUUCUUUUUCAUAUUACAAUUUAAUUCUUUGAUAGUCUAAAAGACUAAAACCACUAAUUCUAGUACUAAUCUAUUUUUUUUUUUUAACUUUUAUUCUUCCAAACAUAUUAGCUAAGAAAGAACAGACGAAGUCUUGAGCG